AGCGACUAGCUAACGUAUGGAAGCCCCUACCCGUCAGUAUUCCACCCGACACAAACGCGAACGGUCUUAGCUGGACUUAACUGGUGAAAACUCAGUUCCAAGAUGGCGUUAGCACCAAUUUGCUUCCUGGCGGUAAUAUGCAGUUUGCUACACACAGGCCUAGCGAUAACCUGCUACCAAUGCAACAGUCACAACGACUCCCGCUGUCUAAUGGAUAAGCUGCCAGACUCCUUAAGGCUGCCAUGCGGCCCUAAGGACACCAUGUGCCGGAAGAUCAAGCAGGUGGUGGAGUUCGAAAUGAACGGCAUGCCACCCGACAGCCGCGUCAUCAGAGGCUGUGGUUGGGAUGAGAGCAACUACAAGGGUCGUUGCUACCAGCGCUCAGGGUUUGGCGGUCGGCAGGAGGUAUGCUCAUGCCUGGAAGAUGGCUGCAACUCAGCUACAGUGCCAGUUGGUGCCACAUUGCUCAUGCUCGUUACAUUCGCCAUCUUGAGAUUCUAGUAUAAGAGGUAGGGAGAGGAAAACUGACACGUUCAAAGUAGCCUGAUUAUUGUAGUAAAUUUUUGGAUUUAUUUGAGAAAAUAUGGAAGAAUAAUUAUUGUGUAAAAGGGAAUAAAACACGUACAAGUUUUUUUUUUUAACUGAAGGAUUUUGAACUUUCUUUUAAGAAUGAGUUGCAACGUAAAAUCUUUGUAGAUAUUGUCAUUUCAAUUAUUAUCAAACUCGAAAUUAGUUAAUGAAUAAAGUAAAAAUUAUCAGUGCAUCAAACAAUUUAGUCAAAAUAUUAUAGAAUAGAUGUUUAGAAUAGUGUAUGUAUGUAAGAUAAAUCCCUCUGUGUUCCAUAUUGUUAAUGGUAGUGUAAAAUUUAAAGAGAGUGUGUUAAAUAUGUUAGCACUGUGACGUGUAUAUAAGCGAUAAUCGCUCUGAAAUUCACACAUGUCUGCCACUGUAACCGAAGGUCUUAUAGACAAGUAGUGAAUGCGUGUCUGAGGCAGAUUCAAACUAAUUUUAAACAAGCGAAAGUCACUGUCUGUCCGUAUCUCUGUUACCACGUCAAAACUGAACUGCCGGAUAGAUUUGCGUGAAAAUUGGCACAUAGAUAGACAUACGAUACUGUUUAAGGAUGAACUUUUUUAGAUUACAAUAAAUAGAUAAAAAAAAUCUGUAGACAAUCUAGUCCUUACACCUCGUAUAAAUGUAGAAAACGCUGUAAAUUUUAUAAUGCCAAUAUGCUUUGUUGUGUUUGUUAUCUGCGAAUGUAUUUAUUAAACGUUUUACAGUAUU